AUGCAAAAUUUGACGCUGAUUGAAAUAGAAAAGCUGCUUCAAGAAAAUAAAAGGACACUAAAAGAUUUCAAACCAAUCCCUUAUCGAGAUGGAUAUGUUCUGCAACAAUUAGGUAAUAGAUUGAUAUAUGAUGAACGCAAUUAUGACAUUGCAAAAACAAAGACAGAAUUCACAAAUCUCUUUAGUGGACUUACAGUUAUGCUAUUGAAGAAUCACCCUUUUGUGAAAGACCUUAGUGAUCACCUUAACCCAGAUGAACAAAGAGCUAUGUAUCAAAAAAUUAUGGGAGCAGUCGACUCACAGAAUGGUGCAGUCUUCUUCCUACAUGGUUACGGUGGGACCGGUAAGACAUACAUGUGGAGAACACUGGCGGCAGCAUUAAGGUCCAAACAUGAUAUAUGUCUAACAGUCGCAACCAGUGGUAUAGCGUCAUUAUUGUUGCCAGGAGGUCGAACUGCGCAUUCAAAAUUUAAGAUACCAGUGCCAACACUAGAUAAUUCUACUUGCAAAAUUGAGUACAAUGAUGAUGUGGGAGACCUUCUUAGACAAACUAAACAAAUUAUUUGGGAUGAGGCUCCAAUGGCACACAAGCAUACUUUUGAAGCACUUGACAGAACUCUCAGAGAUGUAAUGUCUACAUACAGUAACUCAAAGGAGAUGUUUGGUGGAAAAGUUGUUGUUUUUGGAGGUGAUUUCAGACAGAUUUUACUUGUUGUCCCUCGAGGAAGCCGUUCAGAUAUUGUACAUUCUGCCAUAAAUGCGUCUUACAUAUGGAAUUCUGUUCAAGUGUUAACAUUAACCAAAAACAUGCGCCUGCAAUCCGGUCCGACAGAAAAUGAUAAAAAUGAAAUUUAA